AUGUCUUUUAAAACUUAUAGUAAAGCAAUAUUUUUGUUAUUAACAGUUUCUUUUGUAUCACAUGCCGCAUUUAAAUACUUCAGAAGGCAGAAGAAAAUAAAGAUAAAAGAGAUCAAUGAAGUUAUAAUGUUCGCUCACGGAACAAGAGAGUUGAGAAGAAGCAAAUACUCUAAGUGUGUGAUAACUCCAAGCAUGGAAAGAUUGUUGUACUAUUUGAACUUGCCGAAGCACUCCAUAGACAUAUGCAUGUACGUAUUUACUAAUACAGACUUGACCAACGUCGUAUUGAAACUUCAUUUUAAAGGCGUAAAAGUUAGGUUGAUAGUUGAUGCAGAUAUGGCAUUUACCUCUGGCUCAAGUAUAAGGCGCUUGGAGCGACAAGGCAUACCUAUCCGAUGGAUGAAGUCUACGAACCUCAUGCACCAUAAAUUUUGUCUUAUAGAUGUAAUGGAAGGAGGCAAAACAACACCAUUUGUGAUGGCAGGGUCUCUGAAUUGGACCAGCCAGGCACUGUCUGGUAAUUGGGAAAAUUUAAUUAUUACAUCACAGAAAGAUUUGGUGCGGCAGUACAAGGAUGAGUUUGAGAGGCUGUGGGUGUUGUUAAACCAAUCGUUGGUUAUGUAUAAUUUAUUUGAUCUUUGUAUUAUUAUGUUUUAAGUUAAGAUUAUGGUGAUACAAGUGGACAUUUGUUUCAUAGUGUUAAGUUUUGUUUGUGGUGUAAUUUAUCUUAUAAAUAUUUUUCUAUUUGUGAGUUUAAAGCAGUAUUUAUCAAUAUAAAAACAUAUUUUUGUAAUGGUGACAAUAUUUUAUUAAUACAUCUGUAUAUGAUGAGAACUAUAUUUCUUGCUGUUAUAUAAUAAAGUGCCUUAAUGUUU